AUGCUAAUGUUAAAGGAAGGAAGAAUUGUUUUUUCUUUGGAUUUUUCUAUAGAGGAUGCGUUUACUGAGCUGAGGAAGAAGGGCCUUGCUGCCGCGACGAAGAAAUCUUCUCGUGUGGCUGCGGAAGGAUUGCUUGGACUGGCACACUUCGAGAAAGGUGCCGCGGUCAUAGAGAUUAACAGCGAGACUGACUUUGUUGCUCGAAACGAUCUCUUCCAGAGCCUUGUGCUGUCAGUCGCAAAAGCGGCAUCCACAUUGAAAGCCGUCCAACAAUUUUCUUCUAAACCAGCUGCUCUUGAUUUGCACGAUUUAGAGCUUGUAAAUGUGAAGCUGGAUCACGCAUCAAUCACCAGAGAGCUUUGUGUACGCGACGCAGUCUCGGAAGUUGCCGCUAUCACUGGAGAAAAUGUGAGACUUCGAAGAGCUUUCUAUAUGUCUUCGCAAAGAGGGAUCGUGUCCUCGUAUUUGCACAUGAGUCCGGCAUCAGGUUUAUCUCGGCUCGCGGGGCUCGUUUCGGUCGAGGUUGAAGAUGAUCAAGAAGGCUCGCAUUCGGAAACACUGAAAAGCUUGGGCUCGUCUCUUGCAAUGCAUGUUGUUGCUGCAAGGCCGCUGUUUUUGUCUAAGGAACUCGUGGACUCUGAAGUACUGGAGCAUGAGCGGAACAUCUGCAAAGCACAGGCCUCGACUGCUGGAAAGCCAGAGAACGUCGUUCAGAAGAUGGUCGAAGGCAGGCUUGCCAAAUACAUGGAAGAGGUUGUUCUUCUGGAGCAGAAGUACGUUGCAGACGAAACGAAACGGAUCAAAGUCCUGCUAAAAGAGACGGCCAAAGAAAUCGGGAAGACGGCCAAGAUCGAGGGAUUCCUGCGAAUAGAAGUCGGGGAGGGGAUCGAAAAGCUUGAAAAGGACUUUGCUGCCGAGGUUGCUGCUGCAGCACGAUGACAGGUUCGAUAUUCAAAACAAGUAGGUGGUUUUAUUCGAAUCAAAUCAAUUGCCAAAGACGCUGGCACAUUAUCUCGAGGACAAGAUGCAAUGAAAUAACGAAUUGGAAGGUA